AUGAAUUCACAAGCUCUAUCACCGCAACGGAAAUUCAAGAAAACUGGACUGCUGCGACACAUAAGAUCAGCACAUAAUGACGCACUGAACCAAUCAGCACCUGUCACACUAACAAUAAGCACCAACGGACGCACGCCCAUGUCACCGCUGGAAGAUGCUUUCGGGUCCCCCUUUUUCAAUGCCGUCGGGCCCAAGUCUGGCAUCUGGCAACAGCGCUGGGACAACGUCUGCAACCUGCACGGUAAGAUGAAUGACCUCCCAAGCGGCACUGCCAGUAGAAAGUUCGUGCACACCCUGGCUGACGAAAUUGAGCAUCUGACCAAAUCAACUUACCCCUCCGAACGCGUAUUGACUUUCGCCGCAGUCAUUCUGCAAAGAGACAAAAAUGUAAGAAAAACUAAAGAUGUGCUCAGAUUACUUGAUCGCCGCCUGAAGCUAUGGACAGACGAACGCUUCGAGGAACUCAUUACCGAAUCCAUCAAAGCAGAUAAAUCUCUACGGAAUGCAGGCAACCGGAAACGCGACGACCAAGACACAAAAACAUUCACUAGACUAAUACGAGAAGCCCUCAACUGGCUCCUCACAAAAGACACGUACAAAGUUUUAAACCCCGACGCCGAAGUUGACCCAUCCGGCAAAACCGUAAGUUAUGUGCUGACGGAAAAGCAUCCCCCACCAACCACCCCAGACCACGAUUUAUUCACUCUCCCCAGAAACGACACAGAACUGCCGCCACUCCUUGAAGUCGACAUAACAUCCGACCACGUUGAAACUGUUGCAAGGAAACUACACGGUGGUGGAGGCCCCACUGGCUCCACAGCUGAAAACUGGAGAGACUUCCUCCUCCGUUACGGACAAGCAAGCGCCCUCUUAAGAGAAGCCGUUGUACAGCUCACAAUGAAACUCAGCAACGAAACCGUACCCAGGAGCCAAAUACAAGCCCUAAUGUCAAGCCGCCUUGUAGCGUUAGACAAAUGCCCGUGUAUGAGACCCAUCGGCAUCGGAGAAUGCUUACGGAGAAUAUUAUCAAAAUGUAUGAUUGAAGCCACUAGCUCUGAAGUCACCGAAGCAUGUGGUCAGUUACAACUAUGCAGUGGACUAAGUAGCGGCAUCGAGGGUGCCGUCCACGCCAUGAAGGACGCCUUCCAAAAAGAAUGCCAUCCCAGGUCAAAUUGGGGAAUGCUCCUUGUCGACGCUAACAAUGCAUUCAAUGCUGUUAAUAGACAACUAGAACUCUGGCAGGCAAGAAUACACUGGCCACACUGCGCUCGCUUUCUGUACAACACAUACAACGGCCAUGCGGAACUUGUAUUUCGUGACUCUGGAACAAGAUUAUACAUGCCACUGUAUGCGCUAGCGACACUACCAAUAAUAAACAAACUCAAAUCCGAAAACACUGUCACACAAUGCUGGUACGCCGAUGACUCCUCCGCGUAA